AUGCCAUCUUUUGGCUUUCAUAAAAAUCGUUCUAAUUCUACUAUUAAAUCAUCAUCAUCAUCAUUUUCUGAUAAUAAUCAAUCUCAAAAACCAAAUGAUCGAUCGAAUGAAUCAUAUGACCGACAUGACCAUGAUCUUUUAGAAUUAAAUAGACAAAGAUUUCAAUCUCGAAUAAAUGAUACUCAACCAAUUUAUAAAGCAUUUGCUUUACAUAAUUUUUAUCCUGAGACUGAUAGAGAAUUACCUUUUAAAAAAGGUGAUACCAUACUUGUUAAACGUCGUAUUAAUGAUGAUUGGCUUGAAGGUGAACAUCAAGGUUUAACGGGAAUAUUUCCUCUUAAUCAUGUUGAAUUAUUUCCAUAUGAAAAAAUUGAACAAGAAAAUUCUAUUGAUAAAGAACAACAAAUAGAAGGUGAAGCUAUUGUUAAAUAUGAUUUUAUACCAGAAAAAGCCUAUGAAUUACAAUUAAGAAAAGGUGAUAAAGUCAUUCUAUUACGAAAACUGGAUAAUAACUGGUAUGAAGGACGACUUAAUCAUACACAAGGGAUAUUUCCUGCUGAAUAUGUUGAAACAUUAAGAGAACCCAAGGGUAAAUCAUUAAAACAAUCUGAUCAAAAUGAACAUACAAUGAAUGCCAUUAAAAUGCCAAAAAGUGCAUUAAAAAAUUCUACUCGAUUACAACAAACAGUUACGGAACAAAUUAAUGUCGUUCCAGAAUCAUCAUUACCGAUGCAGAAAUGUCAAGUACUUUAUGAUUAUACACCACAAAAUUCAGAUGAACUUGAAAUUCAUAUUGGGGAUAUAAUUAAUAUCGUUGAAAUAUGUGAUGAUGGAUGGUAUUGUGGAAUAAUGGAAAAAUCCAAUCAUGGAAAUAACAUGGAAUUUGGAACCUUUCCAGGCAAUUAUGUUAAAUUAUUAUCUGGUUAA